AUGGUUUCUCUAUCGGCGGUUCACUCCUCCAAUGCAUCUAUCUCCAAAGAGCUCCCACCAGGCUUAGUGGCAGUGUUUGUCGGCGCAACCAGUGGAAUUGGUAAAGCGGCUUUCUUAAAACUUGCAAAAUAUGUCCGGCAGCCACGAUUCUACUUCGUUGGACGCUCGCAAACCGCUGCUGAUCAAAUUCUACAUCAAUUGAAUCAAAUUAAUCCAGAUGGUCGAUACGAAUUCGUCAAGGCCGAUGUGAGUCUGCUCAGCGUGGUAGACAAGGUUUGCGAGACAAUUCGAGAAAAGGAGACGCAAGUCGACAUCCUCUUCCAAAGUCAGGGGACUCUGGACAUCAGUACAGAAACAUCCGAGCAUCUCCCCCUAAUCAUGGCGUUGAGCUACUACUCUCGAAUGCGAUUCAUUGCCAAUCUACUCCUCCUGCUACAACGAUCACCACUCAGCCGAGUAGUCAUCGUCCUAGCCGGCACGAAAGAAGGGCCCGUCAAUCCCGACGAUAUCCCAGGCAAGAAGGUCCUUCCCUGGAAAGCCCGAGGACAUCUCUGCUCAAUGAUCACGCUCACACUGGAACAUUUCGCCAAAUCAGCACCGAGUGUGAGCUUCGUGCACAAUUACCCCGGUUUCGUGGCUACGCCGCUUGAAAAAUCGAUGAAGGGCGUGACAGGGGCUGCAAUGAGAUCUGUAUUUUGGUUUAUGGGCUUGUUUUCCACGAAGAAUUAUAUUUCCCUUGAUGAGACGGGCGAGAGACAUUGUUUUUUAGCGACGAGUUAUAGGUUUUCGUCAAAGACACAGGCUGGGGUUUUCUUAGGUGGGACGGAGGUUGCUGUUGGUAGUGACGGGGCUGUGGGAAGUGGUGUGUAUAUCGUAGAUGAGGUGUGUGAAAGUGGUGGUGCAAAUGUGCAAAUGGUUUUGAGUGGGAUCAGACAAGACGGGAUACAUGAGAAGAUAUGGGAGCAUUUGCAGAGUGAAUUCUCAAGAGUGACGGGGAAGUCGGCGAUUCAGCGACGCAAGUAA